AUGAACUCGCAAUUAGACGUUGCGGCCUCUCCAUCAGCACUCCGCCGGCCGUCGGGGGCAGGACGAGACAAUAGCUGCGGCAAAUCUCUUUAUAAAGCAGUGUUUUGUCGCUGUUUCCCCGUAGUCUACCUGCUCCCUCGAGCUCCGAUAUCACUUUAUUCGGCCGAUACUUCGAUCGAAGGCCGCAACAGUUCUCACGCAAAUCCAGAAUCC